GUCAUCAUCAUCCCCAACCUGACACUUUGCUCUCAACAGUCAGCCAACUGCCUUCUUUCCCCGUCCUCACCUCUCCCUUUCCCGGCUCAAAGCACAAGUUGCGCGCUGCAGUCGACACCGACGGCAGGAAACUACUAAUUCGCAACCCUCCAUACCCAAACCCCUUCAUUCCAAUUACUCCGCACUGUCGGCUAGUCAGUGCACUGCAUUAUUUCUGACCUGAGUCGGGACACCCUCUUUUUCUCCAUAUUUUCUCCAACCCACGAACAACCAAGCACCCAGCCAUGUCGCGCUAUCUCCGACCCGCAGUCCGCCUGGCUGCCACGGCCUCGCGUGUCCAGGUUGCCCGUCCUGCCGCCCCGUCCUUCUUCAAGCCCGCCUCCGUGGCCGGUUUCCAAAAACGGACCUACGCCGAUGCUCCCGCCGGAACCAAGGACUACACGGUCCGCGAUGCCCUGAAUGAGGCCUUGGCCGAGGAGCUUGAGGCCAACGACAAGGUGUUUGUCAUGGGUGAGGAGGUUGCUCAGUACAAUGGCGCAUACAAGGUCACCAAGGGCCUACUAGAUCGCUUCGGCGACAGGCGUGUUAUCGACACACCCAUCACCGAGAUGGGCUUCACCGGUCUCGCCGUCGGUGCUGCUCUCAGCGGUCUUCACCCCGUCUGCGAGUUCAUGACCUUCAACUUCGCCAUGCAGUCCAUCGACCACAUCGUCAACUCUGCCGCCAAGACGCUCUACAUGUCCGGCGGUAUCCAGCCCUGCAACAUCACCUUCCGCGGCCCCAACGGUUUUGCCGCCGGUGUCGCCGCCCAGCACUCGCAAGACUACAGCGCCUGGUACGGUUCCGUCCCUGGUCUCAAGGUCGUGUCCCCCUGGUCUGCCGAGGACGCCAAGGGUCUGCUUAAGGCGGCCAUCCGCGACCCCAACCCGGUCAUCGUGCUCGAGAACGAGCUCAUGUACGGCCAGGUCUUCCCCAUGUCCGAGGCCGCCCAGAAGGACGACUUCGUCAUCCCCUUUGGCAAGGCCAAGAUCGAGCGCGCCGGCAGCGACCUGACCAUCGUGACCAUGUCGCGCUGCGUCGGCCAGUCCCUUGUCGCCGCCGAGGCCCUCAAGAAGAAGUACGGCGUUGAGGUUGAGGUUCUCAACCUGCGCUCCAUCAAGCCCCUUGACUUGGACGCCAUCCUCAAGUCCAUCAAGAAGACGAACCGCCUCAUGACGGUCGAGUCUGGCUUCCCCAGCUACGGUGUCGGUGCUGAGAUCGUUGCCCUGGCUGUUGAGUACGGCUUCGAUUUCCUCGAUGCUCCUCCCCAGCGUGUCACCGGUGCCGAUGUCCCUACGCCCUACGCCCAGGGGCUCGAGGAGAUGGCCUUCCCUACUGAGUCUCUUAUCGAGAACCACGCCGCUAAGCUUCUCAAGCUUAUCUAAGUGGUUGUAUAGGUGUGAUAGGGUACGUUGGGUCUAGAAAAGACACGGGUAGGAUGGGAAAAAUACAAAAGCUAUGAAGACUUCAGAUGAUUAGACUUAGCUUUUGAAUGUAAUGAUUGUGAAUGCAUUUGCGAAAUGGCCUGGUGAACAUUUUGUGGGUUGGAACCGCGUAUGUGUUGGAGAAAUGGGUUGUGGAACACUGCUGUCUUUCUCUGUUUUCAGUUUUCUUGGCGCAAUUCCUGUUCGAUUACAAAGAGACGAUGGUGACCUCGACAAAAUAAUAUCUGGACUGGAUAAUCUGAUGAAGUGAUCAUCAAAUUGUUAUGGUGUCUUACCUGUCCGUCAUAGUCAUGAGAAUCACAGACUACACCAUGAUGGUACCCACAAUCAGAUAAAUCAUGACCA